AUUAUCUAGCUGUAGUGUCAGUAGAUGUCGCUCAACAACACAGACUGGGAGCUGGAAGCAGUGGAGCUGGAGCAGCUGACUCAAAUAAGACAGGCUAAUGUUAAAUGUAUUCUGGACUUUGCUUCAUUGAUUCCCUUUGACCCAGCUGGUACAGUGGCACAGCUUCGAUUAGUGCUCCUCUCUGAACAACUGCCAGUGUAAUAGUGUUGCAGUGUGGUUCUUUCAGAGAAUGUCAGAGAGACAGGGACUGAGGGCAGACUCCACCCACUUCACUUUAGAUGGAGCCCCAUUUCGGAUCCUCGGAGGUUCCAUCCAUUACUUUCGGGUCCCCAGGGCGUACUGGAGAGACCGGCUGCUCAAACUCAAGGCCUGUGGUCUCAAUACUCUCACCAUGUACGUGCCAUGGAAUCUUCAUGAACCAGAAAGAGGAGUUUAUCUUUUUCAGGAGGAGCUGGAUCUUGAGGCAUACAUUCGUCUAGCAGGGGAAUUAGGCCUUUGGGUGAUUCUGCGUCCGGGGCCGUACAUAUGUGCCGAGUGGGAUUUGGGUGGCCUACCAAGCUGGCUGCUGCAGGAUAAGAAAAUGAAAUUAAGAACGACCUACUCUGGUUUCACAAGUGCUGUGAACUCAUACUUUGAUAAACUCAUUCCGAGAGUCACACCCCUCCAGUAUAAGAAUGGAGGCCCUAUUAUUGCUGUUCAAGUAGAGAAUGAAUAUGGUUCAUAUGCAAAGGAUGAGCAAUACAUGUCAUUCAUCAAAGAGGCUUUACUGUCCCGGGGAGUCUCAGAGUUUCUCCUCACAUCAGACAACCAUGAUGGGUUGAAGUGUGGAGGGGUGGAUGGAGUCUUGCAGACAGUGAACCUACAGAAACUGAUGUUCGGUGAUGUACAGCAUUUAGCAGAAUUGCAGCCACAGAAGCCACUGAUGGUGAUGGAAUAUUGGUCCGGCUGGUUUGAUGUCUGGGGGGAACCUCAUCAUGUUUUCUCUGCACAAGAGAUGAUCUCUAUAGUGCGAGAGCUUCUGGAUCGUGGCAUCUCCAUCAAUUUCUACAUGUUUCAUGGAGGAACCAACUUUGGAUUCAUGAACGGAGCAGUUGACUUGGGAACCUACAAACCACAGACGAGCAGCUACGAUUAUGAUGCUCCACUGACUGAAAGUGGUGAUUAUACAACCAAGUAUCAUCUCUUGAGGAACCUGCUGAGCACCUACAGCAAUGAGCCGAUACCAGAGCCGCCAGCUGUGCAGAGCAGAAAAGCAUAUGAGCCGGUGGCAGUGACUCAUUAUAUUUCACUAUGGGAGAGUCUUCAGUGUGCAGAACCACUUUUCAGAGCUGAUGAUCCUGUCAGCAUGGAGAGCCUUCCUGCAAACCACAACAAUGGUCAGUCCUACGGAUACACACUCUAUCAGACUGACAUUUAUUCAGGUGGAGAUCUCAACUCAAGGAACCACGUUCAUGACAGAGCCCUAGUGUUUAUUGACAGAGAACUCAUUGGUGUUUUAGACUAUAGAACACAGAAAGUUAAAAUACCUCACAGUAAGAGUGAGAGGACCUUGAGUUUGCUUGUUGAGAACUGUGGACGAGUGAACUAUGGUCCAGCUCUUGACAACCAACAGAAAGGGCUUGUUGGUGAUAUAACUCUGGACAAUGUACCUCUAAAAAAAUUCACCAUGCACUGUUUGGAUAUGAAGAGCAGUUUCAUAAACAGACUGCAGGCCCAGAAAUGGACGUCUGUUGGUACGAAGCCCACCUACCCUGCGUUUUUCAGAGGAUCCCUGGUAGUGGAACAGCCCACGGAUACUUUUGUGAAACUGCCAAAUUGGAGUAAAGGAGUGGUUUUUGUGAACGGGCAAAAUCUUGGACGCCACUGGUCGGUUGGUCCUCAGAAAGCCCUCUAUCUUCCUGCUCCCUGGCUCAGGAGUGGAGAUAAUGAGAUUAUUGUUUUUGAGGAACUUAAAGCUGCGGAAACAAUCCAUUUUGCUGAAAAUCUUGAAUACAGCAAGACAGUCGAAGUAUCUACACAACUGUUUUGCACCCUCUUAUGAAACACACCUGCAGCUUUGCAAUAAAAUCUCAGGCUUACAUUCAUCAAACCAGAUCUGAACUUGUAUUACUUAAAUCAAGACAUGACAAGUGAAGAGUACAGAUUUAGCAAUAGACUUCCCCAUUUGAUUAAUCAUAUCAAAUUAAGACAGCUGUUUUGUAUUACAGGUUUUCUGAACUAUGUAUGAAUAUGCAAAUGAGACAUUAUCUGAUUAAAUAUGUACUAAUUUGCAAACAUUUCCAAGUAGUAGUCAACAGUAGUCUCAACACUGGAUAAAGCCAUAUUUUGGAUCUCUUUCGAUCACUCUAUAUAUCAGAAAAUACUGUCAAAAGCAAGAAAAAAGGCACUUUCAGAUUAGAACUUUUAACUUAUACAAAGAAAACCCCUCUGCAAAAGCCUUCAGAAUUUAAAUAAGAAAAAAUGUUUGUAAAAUCAAUCAUCAACAGUUUUUACAGUUUUCAGCCAUAAAAUGUUAUAUUUAAAGGGGAUAAUUUUGGCUCCGUUCAGGAGAAAAAAAAUCAUAGCCUUUAAACAUAGUAUUAUAAUUUUAAUUAAAACUACAGGCAGAGUAAGGAAAAAUCUGUAAUAAAAUAUUGUAUUUUAGAUUUUUUCUUUCCACUAGUUUGAUAGAAAAAAACAAAAAUCUGACCAUUGCAUGAAAAAAAAAAAAAGAAAAGAAAAUAUUUUGCUUGUAGUGUCUUGUCUUGUCUAUUCCACAUGUACCAGCUGUAUUAACUAAUCAUGGAUCAUAUAAAUGAGCACAACAUAUAUUAUUUGCAACUUGAUUCUCUAAAAUAAAAGAACAUGCUAGACAUAAGAGCGCUGAUUUGCUUUGUCAGAUCACUGUUAACUGUUGUAAGACAACAGUCAGAGACACAUUCCACUAACUGAUGCUGAUACGCGGGAUGACAGAGUUUAUUUCUGGUGAUGAUUAUGGAAGUGUGCUUGUAUUUAAUCCGUCUAUGUAAUCAAAUGUUUUCAUAUGAUUAAGAGGGGGCAAUAAAGGAUCUAAAGGAUCUUACUAGCAACCUGUGUGUGUUGCUUUGAAAGAACAACCAUACAUUUGUGCUGUUUUACUUUCUUUUUUUACUCAUUUAUUCCUCCUUCAUUGAUAAUCAUUUAUCAUUUAAUAAUUUAUUAUUCCAUUUAAUUAUAUAUUCAUUUCUAAUAAUCAUUUUAACCAUUUAUCAUUGAUUCACUUAUUGAUCAGUCAUUUAUAUUAUUAUUUUUUUCCAUUGUUGUUUAGUCUUAUGGUUGUGUGGUUUUACGAGAUGUCUUCACAAGUAUAAAGAGAAUAUCUCCAUUACAAGGUUUUUAAUGUCACGGGCUGUUUUUGUGAAGCAGUAAUUUUCCAUUGCUUGUGGUAUAAUAACGCUUUUUGGAUUUGUGCUAGUCAGAUGAAGUCUGAGCAUUGAAAUAUACACAACUAAGAUUAUUCAAUAAA